GUAGCCCAUGUAGCGGUGUUACGUGAGACCCAAGCAGCAGCACCAAGGAGGGAGGACAAGAGAAAAGCGCGUCUUUGCUUCUUGUAUUACAUCUGCGAGCGGAGAUGAAUGGCACAGAGGCCACCAGGAGACGCACACAGCCCAGCACCAAUGGCAAAUCAGCUGGAAAAGCAGCAGAGGAGCCAGGGCAGUGGGGGAGAGCAUGGGAAGUGGACUGGUUCUCCUUAAUGGGCGUCAUCAGCUUGCUCUGCUUUGCCCCCUUCAUCGUCUUCUACUUUAUAAUGGCGUGUGACCAAUACCAGUGCUCAGUGACCGAGCCUAUUCUGGACCUGUUGAGCGGAGAGGCCACACUGAGCUCCAUCUUUGAGCGCUCGCCCUCCUUCACCUGGUCUGCUGCUAAACUAUACGCCAUCUGGGUCUCUUUCCAGGUGUUCUUGUACAUGUGUAUUCCAGAUUUUCUUCAUAAAAUAAUCCCAGGAUAUGUUGGUGGGGUCCAGGAGGGAGCACGCACACCUGCAGGUCUCAUAAACAAGUAUGAGAUCAACGGUCUGCAGUGCUGGCUCAUCACUCAUGUAUUAUGGUUUGCUAAUGCCCACUACUUUCACUGGUUUUCUCCCACCAUCAUUAUUGACAACUGGAUCCCCCUGCUGUGGUGCACCAACAUACUGGGCUAUGCUGUGUCCACCUUCGCUUUCAUAAAGGCCUAUCUGUUCCCCACCAAUGCAGAAGACUGCAAGUUCACUGGAAAUAUUUUCUACAACUACAUGAUGGGUAUCGAGUUUAACCCUCGGAUUGGGAAGUGGUUUGACUUUAAGCUCUUUUUCAACGGUCGACCGGGAAUUGUGGCCUGGACUCUCAUCAACCUGUCCUACAUGGCCAAGCAGCAGGAGCUAUACGGACACGUUACAAACUCCAUGAUCCUGGUUAAUGUUUUACAGGCUAUUUAUGUCUUGGAUUUCUUCUGGAACGAAGCGUGGUACUUGAAGACCAUUGACAUCUGCCACGAUCACUUCGGAUGGUACCUGGGCUGGGGAGACUGUGUGUGGCUGCCAUAUCUUUACACGCUGCAGGGCUUGUAUCUGGUCUACCACCCGGUUCAACUCUCGGACGCUCACGCCCUUUCAGUCCUGAUCUUGGGCCUGGCUGGUUACUACAUAUUUCGCUCCACCAACCACCAGAAGGACCUGUUUAGACGCACUGAGGGAGCCUGCUCCAUCUGGGGAAGCAAGCCUACCUACAUCGAGUGCUCCUACCGCUCAUCCGAUGGCGGGGUGCACAAAAGCAAACUUCUCACGUCCGGAUUCUGGGGCGUGGCUAGGCAUUUUAACUACACAGGGGACUUGAUGGGGUCACUGGCCUACUGUGCGGCCUGUGGAUUCGGUCACCUUCUCCCAUACUUCUACAUUGUGUACAUGACAAUCCUGCUGGUUCACCGAUGUGUGAGGGACGAGCAUCGCUGUAGCAGUAAAUAUGGUAAAGACUGGAAAAAGUACACAGAUGCAGUGCCUUACCGGCUCAUCCCAGGAGUGUUUUAAGAUAAAGGACUUUUAGGAAAUAAAAAAUAAUAAUUGGAUGAAUAAUGCCGACUCUUCAUAGUCACCACUGCCUUUUAUACUCAAGCUACCACUGUAAACAGAUGUACUUGUAUUAAAUUGUGAAAACUAUUUCGCUACUAUGGUUGAAUACAACAUUAGAGAUUUAUUGCAUUCCAGUAUAGACUUUUUUCUCUUUACUUACCUGCCUGCUGACCAAAUUUUGAAUAUAAUUUAACUUUGUUUUUAUUAAGUAAGAGACUGAUAAGAGGUCUUAGGGUUGACAUUAGACAGAAAGUAUACAUAUGUAGAAAAUUUAUAUAAUAACCUGUUUUGGUAUGUAAACCAUAUGUACUUUUCAUAGGAAUCUCAUAAAAAUGUGAAUUGCAAAAAUAGUGCUGUUUAAAUGCCCUUGUUUCUUGCUGACCACUGUAUAUGUUCAAACACAAUUGUAUUUGUGGGUAAACAUUUAUUUUUCUAACUCCUGCCUUUAUACUGCCAAUAAAUUCAUGGCACAAAGCUUCU